AUGUUUUUCAAAACAAUUACGGAUAGAAUUACUUUUUUUGGCGAUAAACGAAAAACAUCGUUAAACAUUCGUUUUGUUGAUGGUUACAACGAAUGCUUCAAAGAAGUGCAAAAAUUCAAUGUAUCUGGCAACUUAUCACUGGAACUGUUAGAGCAUAACAGUAAACUGCAUAAUCAUUUGAGUAAAUCGCUUAAACAGCUUAAACAAAUUAAUCAGUUAAAGCUUGAUUCAUUUGACGAUGCUAAUCAACAAACAAAUAUAACUGGAAGUGAUGCAUCACCAAGUAACUCGCAAACAUCACCAAGCAUUGUAUCGUCUGGCAGUCCAAGCCUAAGUGAAACAAUUUUAGACGCUUUAGAUGGCACAAUAAAAAAUUCGUUCAUUACUAUUAAAAGACGCCGAAAGUUGUCCAGUCAAGGAGGAAUUGAAAACCAAGUGGUUCCAUUGCCGUCAACGUUCUGCAUGCCAAGGCCCGUACCAAACAGGACAAACGUUACUACUAACUCUGCAGCUGCUCUUACACCCGGUGCUUCUCUUGGUACUAUUGGAGCUUCGUUGACGUCAACGGAAUCUCGGCAACCAUUAAUGCUCAACAAUUUUGAUCCAACUUAUAUUGCACGUUUAAUUGAAACAACUUCAAAUUUGUUAAAAUAUUCAUGUCCAACACCGUGGCCCAUCUCUACAAAUAUAUCGUCGUUUUAUGGAAUUAGCAGUAUCGGUGGGGAUGGCGGGGGUGGAUGUGGCGCUACUAACUGCAAUGACCUCUUAACACUUAAUUCAUUAUGGAAUCAGAACUUAUGGCGACCAUUUUAA